AAAACAUAAAAUAAAUUUACUCCAAGUAUUUUAAAUUCACAGUGAGUUUAAUGAUAUUCGAAAUUCCACGUCAUUGUUUAAAAUUUAAAUUAAUUUAUAUUUUAAUUAUCAACUUACGAGUCAAGUCUAUAUAUCCACUUGAUAAUUUUUUUUUAUUUCAGUUUAAAAUAUCAAAAUGGCUGGAACAAUGAUGUGUUUUAAAUUUAUAAAAAAAUCAUUUACCCAAGGUCAACGAAAUUAUUCAAAAAUUGGAUUUGUUGGUCUUGGAAAUAUGGGCAACAGUAUGGCUAAAAAUAUCCUCAAAAAAGGAUUUAAAUUGAGUGUUUAUGAUAUAAAUAAAUCAUCAAUGACAAAUUUAAUUGAAGCUGGUGCAACUGGUGCAUCAAGUCCAUCAGAAAUAUCAAAAAAUUCAGAGGUCAUUAUAACAAUGCUACCAACAAAUGAUCAUGUCUGGCAAUGUUAUACAUCUGAAGAUGGUCUUUUAAAUUCAGCAAAUAAAAAUACAUUAUUCAUUGAUAGUAGUACAAUUGAUCCAUCAGUAUCACAAAAUAUUUACAAAGAAUGUGUUAAAAAAGAUGCUCAAUUUAUUGAUGGACCAGUAUCAGGAGGUGUUGUUGGUGCUCGUGAUGGUACAUUGACAUUUAUGAUUGGUGGUAAUAAAAAACAAUAUGAUGAAUCAUUACCAAUAUUAGAAUCAAUGGGAUCAAGAGUUGUUCAUUGUGGUGAUGUUGGUAUGGGUCAAGUUGCCAAAUUAUGUAACAAUAUGCUUCUUGCAAUAAGUAUGAUUGGUGUAUCUGAAGUUGUUAAUCUUGCUGAUAGAUUGGGUCUUGAUCCAAAAGUCAUGACAAGUAUAUUAAAUACAAGCACUGGUAGAUGUUGGUCAUCUGAAAUUUAUCCACCAGUUCCUGGAAUUAUUGAUACAGUACCAAGUUCCAAUGAUUAUCAGGGUGGUUUUAUGACAUCAUUGAUGACAAAAGAUCUUGGAUUAGCUCAAUCAGCAGCAACGAGAAGUGGUACACCAAUACCACUGGGUUCACUUGCUCAUCAAAUAUACAGAACUUUAAUGACAAGAGGAUUAAAUGACAAAGAUUUUAGUAUUGUUUAUCAAUUUUUAAAAGGAAAUAAAUAAAUAUAAAUUUAUUGUUAAAUUAUCUUUAAUAUAAAUAAACAAAUAUAAAAUCAAUUUUAAAUUUGACUGUUGGUAAUGUAAAUACCUUCUUUAUUUACAAAAAAAUAAAACAAUAUGGCGUAUAUAUAGUAAGCUGGAAUAAAUUGGAAAAC